AUGAUGGCAAAGGGAUUUUUGGGUGCAGUGGUUGCAGCGAGCCUGUCUGCACAACUGGUUUUGGCCGACGAGUGUGAGAGUAACUCAGAAACGUCUCUGCUGCAAGGACACUUCGCGCAGAAGGGCAAGCAGACAGAAAAAGAGAGUCCUUCUAGUUUGCGACAAGAUAAGAAAUGGAUUUACAGCGGCUCUACCACGAUCAUGUCAGAGGAAGAAACUGCGCAGUACUCUUCCUGGUUUACGUCAGACUUGCUGCCAAAGUGGGAGAAUCGCAGGCUGUCAUCAACAUGGAAGCUGCAGACGCACGUCACAAUCAAGCAGCCAGCACAAGCCAUCUUCAACGCAAUUAUGACCUCAAACAUGUGGCCUGUCUGCUAUCCCAACACGCUGAGUGUUGGCGGUUUCUCUCAUAAGCCAUUCACUCCCGAAACGCCGCCCGGCAUGAUCUUGGAGAAGUUCCUUUGGGCGGGCGCUUUCUACUCCCUCUUCCGCUACCAGGUUGAAGACUACCAGCCCCCAACGUUUGCAACUUUUGAUGGUGCUAUCAUCUUCUCUGUGGGCGACCUGAUAGCCCAGGAUGCCAUCGACACCAUUGGCGGACGCUUCCAGUACAACCUGACUGAAGUGGGACCCAACGAGACAAACUGGACGCGCACUGUGUACUUCUACCAAGACAAGAGUGCGUCACUGUUUCAACGGACACAGUUUGGAACGAUGAUGGGCACCGUCAUCUUUCCUGCUCAGGAGAAAGGAGCACCCCAGUAUGUAAAUUGUGUGAAGAUUUUCCUGGAAACGCCAGGCUGGGAGCAGGAGCUCUGGGGCUCCAGUAGUUAG